GGAGUGACUCAAGGAACGGAACGCACUGACAACCGGCUCAGCAGUGUGCGGAGCCGAGCAUUGAGCUCUCUGCUAUCUAUAAGUACAUCAGCUGCCGUAACGCCUCUGGAAUACUCAGCAGCUAGAGGGCAGUGGGGUGUGUUUUGCUUCAAGGUACGAGAUUCUCGGCUUUCAAGGGCACUGCUGAUGCUUACUGUAUUAUUGGACUGCCUUGUGACAGCACUGGGUGCAACGAACAUAGCACCUCCCUUCCUGACCUGGACAAGCAAUAUCUUGCUGCUUCUUGGGCCUAUAUGUUUAGUCAUCACCGGUGCCGGCUCUCGGGGCGUCUGGUCAACGAAGCACGCCUAUCUGCGGUCGUGGUCAGGGUGGCUGGACUGCAUUUUUUUAAUGAACAUAUCGGCGGAUGUGCUAUACUGCUUUGGGGUAGGUGCAGGCUGGUGGACGCACAGCUCAGGUUCUUUGGCAUUUUUGGCCAUAUUGAGGAAUGCGCGCGCAUGGGUUCUGCUAAGAAUAUGUCGCACGUUCCGCUCAGCAAUUUCACAGCUAGCCCGCAGUGCCAAAGACCUAGUGGCUGUAUGCGUGCUUGUGCUGGUAUUUUCGGUAUUGGUACUAAUUGUGCUUCUGCAUUUCUAUGGGUUCACUUGCUGGUACCGCUGCUAUCCGGAUUUACCGUUGCCAGCUGAAGUACAAGCGAGCGACUCCUGUUCUGCUGACAGUUUCUUCUGGGAUGUUGACGAGUCUCAGUUCCGCUUUUGUUCCGACAAGUCACCUUGCAGAGAAGGUACACAGUGUCGGAAUUUGUUUUUGUAUUCGGUGACCUCCUCAUGCACUGCUGAAGAUCGCAGGCUUCUUCAAGACAGAGCAUGGCGUGAACUUCAAACCAAUGAAGAAGCGGCCUUUGGAGUGAUUGGCCUCCACACACUAGGGGCAGCAGCAGUGACCAUCCUGCAAGGAUUUACCUUGGAAGGAUGGGCACUCACGAUGCAGCGCCAAGUAGACGGUGAUCACAGCAGCGCCGGUGUUGUAGCCUACAUUGCGUUUCCUGCAUUGGUGGUGGUGGGUGGUAUGUUCUUAAUGAACCUAGCUAUAGCAGUGCUUUGGGAGGCGUUUGACGCUGCAAAGGCGGAGCAAGCAACGCGCCCCGCCAUCCUACGGGAAGCAGAGUGGAGGGUAUAUCAGCUGUUGGGAACUGAUUGGAUUAAGUAUCUCAUGGUACAACUGAGCCAGAACUGGGAAACUGCAAGCAAGCUCAGGUCCCCGCUUCUCCCAAUAACUGAAGACUUUAAGGCAGAAGCUGAUUAUGAACUUGUGAAGGAAGGAAAACCAACUUUCCGUGAGCGCUUGUGCGCUCUCAGACGGCAAGCAGACAGAGCGGUCGAGUUUCAGUUCCCCCAGCUCAAAAAUCGCUUGCAAUUUCUCUACGCGGAGGUCACUGCUUUCUCCUUCCGCAUAGCCACUCACCGGUUCACCCCCCUGACAAUGCUGACUGUGGUUGCCAUAGAUACAGUGUCUCUCCUGGCUGAAGGCGGCACAGACACGAGUAUCAUGUAUACCACUAUUUACAUCCUCACGAGCGUGGUGUUUGUGUUCGAAGCACUAGUACUAGUGCUUGCUUUCGGCAGGCAGGGGCUCAAGGACGGAUUCAUCUGCCUGGACAUUCUUAUGGCAUGCCUGACUGUGGUAGAUGGAGUGUAUGCGCUGGCCAAGUGUCCGCACCUGUCUGGGUGCAGAACGACAAUGGUAGAAACUGAUGGGGUCUUGAUGUCAAUAGGCGUUGUUUUCUCGUUGAUGCGCCCUUUCCGCCUCUUCAAGUUGGUGAAGUAUUUUCCACCCCUCAGAAUGACGGCGGAGAUGCUUUGGGUUUUACACAGCGCGCUACUUCCGUACGUACUACUACUCAUCUACUCUUGCGCUGUGAUGGCACAGCUGGGGUUGUUCUUGUUCUUUGACUCCAAGUAUUUGUCAGUGCAUUCAGAGGGAGCGAGCCUUAGUGUAACGAAAUACCUGAACUUCGAAAACCCCGGCAAUGCUCUACUCCUUUUGGCAGCAAUCUUGACUGGCGAAGGUUGGGAUUUGUUUUUCAGAGAAUUCGCUCAGGUGUAUGGUAGAGAAUGGACUGAGUUCACAUUUGAUUCGGGGCAGUUGUCUGAUUUUGUUCUGUCUGGUGCAUUUCGAGUGACAGCAAUCAACACUUUCCUGUACAUUGCAUUACUCGCGUUGAACUGCGUAAUCUUCAACUUAUAUGGAGCAGUUAUGAUUGGACAAUUUAUAAGGACUCAGAAAUCCCUUACUGUGAAGCACGUUGCAAACUUCAUUGCUACAUGCCGAAAUGCGGGCAUUAAAAUGCCUGCGGAAGAUGCUUUACAGGGCAAGAACGCUCAGGCGUUAUACGCAGUCGUAGACAUGAGCACCGAUGCUCAGCGAGACGAGCUCAUAAAGGCUAUUCUGCUAGGGUCAGAUCACGAUAAAUCUGCAAAGGCAUUCGGGGAGUUCGCGCGCAAAACGUCCCUUGCUUUCGAUAUUUGCAAGAGAGUGGCUCUGAAGAGCAACCGCUUGGCCACACGGAACAGCUUCGGCAGUAUUUCAUGGACAGGAGACAGACACAGCAGCCGGAGUUACAGCGACAUCCCCGUCCUGUCGGACAAACCCAAUAACAAAGGAUUAAUAAAUGAUACAGGCUUUGACAGGGCCGUAGCUGGCCAUGAUCUGGACCACACUCUUGAAAACUCGGUAACUGCCACGUCUGGAAUAUCCGGCCGGCACUCAAUUGCAGUACUGGAAAAAAACAAGGAAGAAACUGUUCCUCGUGGACGUAUUAAUAACUCAGGUGCCCUGUUGCAUUUGGACUACCUGUUAGUCGAGUCUCGGAAGCUGGACAUUGCCACUAAGGCAGCGGUACAAUUUGUUGAAGGUGAUGAGACUAGGUCAAUGCCCGCUUCUUGCGCAGCACGUUCUCUUCCACCAGCUUGCAGAUCGCAUGGCUCAGAGUAUAUGUCUUUGUGUCGCGCAGCGCCUGGAGCAGGUGAAAAUAAAUCAGCUGAGGAGCUGCAGUUUCGGGAGCUAUGCAGCAUGUUUUGGAGCGCAGUUAGGGACGCUAUUAGGCAGGGGCGCAUAGCAUUAAUUGAGGCGGCAAAAGUGGGGUUGGCACAGAUCACACCAAUAGACCCACACAGCGUCGCAUUGCAGAUGGCUUAUGUAAGCCAUUUGGUGAGUGAUCCCUUUGGUAAACAAAAUUCCCACACUACCAGCUCUCCAGUGCAGCGAGAUAACCCAGCUAACACCUCAGGGUUCAGUUCCCUAGCGGAACUGAGAAGUAAAUCCGGAUCAGCCACCAGCAUAACGCUUCGGCGGCGCAGCCAGGCACACACCGGCAUGCAACAGCGCAAACCAGAGCGGCAGAUGCCAAGUUGGAUGCAUAUCGUACUUGCAAAAUGGCACGCAGCCUUAAAGCAUCUUCGGAAUGUAUGCGGAAUCAACGGCUUUGGCUGGCUUCAGCUUUUGCUCCAAAUAGCUUCGCUGGUGGAACUGAUAAUUGAAUGCGCCAUGAAAAAAAGUAUCACUUCUUGGAAAAUGCACACAAUACUGGAGCUGGGGUUCCAACUUGCACUGACAGCAGAUAUCUUUCUGCGGCUUGGCAUAAGCAGCAUCCGCGAAGGUAUUCCGUUUUUUAGUUCCCGCUGUAACUGUUUAGAAUCAGUGGCUCAAGCUCUGGCGUGGUGUUGGCUGAUCGCGGCAUUGUCAGUGAGUAAAGGGAAAAUGAAUGAACUGAUGUUUCAAAGCUCCUGGUAUAGGUUUGCGCAGUGCACGAGAGUUCUCCGAUGCAUCUGGCUACUACGCCUCUGGAAGGGGACCGGGACGCAUAGACUGGUGCUCGCUAUGCAGGUGGCCGGUCGCAGAAUCCUGAACUUAGGCUUCAUUUUUGUCUUACUCCUCACAUGUUUUGCUGUCAGUUUUCGCUACUUGCUUGGACCUGUAGCAGGAGAACCCCCAUCUGUGUAUUUGGCGUAUGCCAACAUCACAUCCCUUAGCGAGAGCUUUCUGAGUGUAUUUAUCCUUACCACUUCCGAAGGGUGGCCAAGCCUACUGACAAGAAUUCUGGACCUGGGCGAUCGCCACCACGUUCUAACAAUUAUACUGUGCUCUUUAGUGAUUGCCCUGCUAAGUGUUUUCGUCAUGAAUUUGUUUGUUGGCGUCAUCGUUGACGUGCUGGAAAAAGAGCAGGCUAACCUGGAGUACACAGGUGGCGUCCGGAGUGCUACAGUUCUCCGUUGGAAUGAAGUGCAGCGGGCUAUCUUUAAUUCAAGUGCAGCAGCUGAAGUGACAAAACGAAGAGGCGGUAUGAUGCGUGCCGAGGGGCUGGGAGCCAGAGACUGGCUGAGCCAAAUCAUUGCGAGCAAACAGGUCGACCUAGCUGUAGCGAUCGUUUCCGUUGCUUCGUGCUUGUCCUUGACCGCAACCGGUGCAUGGGCAGAGACCAGCUUGCGUUGGAGAUUUCCUAGCUUCCAGAACUGGAUUUUCUGGGCAAACGCUAUUUUUGUCGUGGCAUAUAUAAUUGAGCAGUGCUUUCGGGCCUUGGUUUUGCGAAAGUCUCUCUUUGAAAAAGGCAUUUAUGUUUUUGAUUUUGCUAUUGCCCUGUUGUCCUUAGUAGCUUUGAUUAUUGCCCUGUCAACCUCUCUGAAUACUGCUUUCCCUGCAGGACCCCUGUGGCCGGUGGGCUUUAGGAUGGUUCGAGUUGCGUAUGUCAUUUGCCACCGUCUACCUGUUAUGCAUGUCAUUUCAAUCACCAUGCUCAAUGUGUUUGCUGCUCUUCGUCGAGUCCUGCUGGUCCUUGGAGGAAUUAUUCUUUUUUAUGGGCUGCUGGGUACAUGUUUGUUCUACGAUGCACCCAUCGACCCGAAGCUACACUUCACCUUUGCUUCCCUGCUCGACAGUAUCUUACUCCUGAUGUCCUGCUGUACCGGAGAAAACUGGCACGAUAUUAUGCUUCAGGGACGGGCAUUUUACUAUAAAGAGGGUGAUGCAGUCCUGGGGUGGUCAAUUAUGGUGUAUUCAGUCACGUUCACUAUUGUGGCGUUUUUAUUACUAAUGAAUGUGUUCAUGAGCACGGUGCUGAAAGGCUAUGUCGACGCAAAGCGAAACCAAUCGCUCUGGAAAGUGGCGCAGCAGCACAACGAGCUGAUGAACAAAUGGAGGCUACGAGAAAUGAAGCUUAGCUGGCUUCCAAUCCACGUAGCUGUGCAGGUGCUCACGGAGAUCCCAGCACCUAUCGGCUAUAAGAACCUCUAUUGUGAAAUGGGAAGUCGACGUAUGCAUGCGAUUCUUGCAAGUUUGGCAGCCUACUCCCUUCCUAUACGCAACAACAGCGUACACAUCAGAGACGUAGUACUCACUACCACAUGCCGCGCUUGCGAGGCACACGCCCAGAACAAGGAAACGCCCAUUGUGGUAGGCCUGUUGCAGCAGCGACAAGCGGUGGAGCUUAACCCACGAUUUGUCAGUACUUGGAUGAAACGAUUCAGCGACAUUUCUGGUACAGCAUCGGAGUUUACUGUCUUACAUUACCUUGCCGCAUUGAACAUUCAAGCCUUUUGGAGAACUCGGAGGCUUCUGGAGCGCAACACUGCAACAGAGCAGCUCAUGUACAUGAAGCACCUAUUAUUUCUUCUUGAGACGGCAGCCCCUAUUUGUGCAAGGAGAUCGGAAAGGACAGAUCACCGGCGCAGUACUCUCCGUCGAAAACGUGGUAUUAAGGGUGGUGGCUCAAUCGUUCGCAUGAGUACGGCACUGUCACGCAGGGGUACAUUUGCUCGUCCACCCAAGCUGUCACAGCCCAAAGAAAGAAUGAAAAGUGCUUUGAAGCGUGCGGUUCGAGGACAAUCACCGAGAAACAACGAGAGUGAACAAAUUAGCUCUUCAUCUAGUAGGCGUACUUGCCAAAGUCGUUUGCUUCAGGACGAGAAGCUUGAUCACCAUUCGCAGAGGGAACGGCCAAAGUCAGUGCGCCGAGGUACAGUCAGUGAGUAUAUUAUCAGCCUAGCAGAAGACCAUACAAGAACAGCUAGCGAUCACACUGGCACGCUAGGUAAAGCUUCUGCUGCCCAGCUUAGUCAAGAGGGACAGAAUACUCUAUUUUUGCGGGACAGUGCUAGAGCCUCUUUCACGGGGAAAUGUGAUAGCAGAGCAUCUAGCAGAAGUGAGCCAGACUCAACAACUGGAUUAACAGCAUCUGGUGCAGCUCCGCAAAUCCCAGUUGCAGGCUCCAGCAGCACGAUGCGCUAUUCCAUGGUAUCGGGUGCUGAUUCUGGAUAUCUAUCAAACGAAUAUCCGUUCACUACGCAUCCUACUGCGAAUGCGCCUCCAAGGCGUUCGAAUAUGAGACCUUCUCAACCGUUCCUAGAGCCACCUCCCCGUAGAAGCUUGCAUAGAGUCUCCUCUUCUACGCGACUACAUCAACAGUCGUUCACUGAUGCUGGUCAGGCGAAUGUUAUUGUGCCUACGAGACGAAGGGGACAGUCCGUGCAAUUCACCGGGGUUGAGCGCCGUGAACUCCAGCAUCUUCUGACACCAGCGUUGGUGGCAGACGAUAGUAGUGACUUCGACAAAGAUGAGGGAGGAAAAACGUCUUUGUCCAAAUUUGCUGCUUAA